AUGAUAGGAAGUUUUCUUUACAUUACUGGUAGCAGACCUGACAUUGCUUUUAGUGUAGGUGUUUGUGCACGAUUUCAGGCUAAUCCUAAAGAAUCACACCUCACAGCAGUAAACAGAAUCUUGAAAUACCUAAGUGCUACUAUUGAUUAUGGCAUAUGGUAUUCAAAAGAUUUAAAUUUGAGUCUAGUUGGCUAUUCUGAUGUUGACUGGACUGGUAAUGCUGACGAUAGAAAAAGCACCGCAGGUGGUUGUUUUUAUGUCGGUAGCAAUCUGGUAGCAUGGAUGAGCAAGAAGCAAAACUCCAUCUCCCUAUCCAUUGCUGAAGCCGAAUACAUUGCGGUUGGCAACUAUUGCACUUAG